AUGGCAGUAAGUUACGUGGUGUCUGCGAAGAAGUCAACAUGCAUUGUGCAGGGAGCAGUUGGAAACUUCACAGGUGAAAAUGGAUGAAAAAAAUAAGCUAGAACUUCAAAUUGCUUUAGACGGAGAAGACCUGAACCUUAUAAUGGGUCUUGUGAACAGGCUCGAUAUUUAUUUAGUUACAAAUGAAGGUCUUCGCAUAAUCGCAGAAGUCCCGAUUUUUGGGAAAAUUGUUUGCAUGAAAAUUUUCCGGCCAAAAGGAGAGGUCAGUUCGCCCGAAGGACGAGAGGAAAUUCGGUUUCGACCUUUUUUUCAAAUUUUUUUUUUUCAGAAAUCGGAUAGCAUUGUGAUUUUAACUGAAAAACACCACGUGGCUAUAAUUGGCUGGGACGCUGAGAAGAAGUGUGUGGUUACGAGAGCUGCAGGCAACGUGGCGGACAGGGUCGGCCGAGUGAGCGACCACGGCACAGUCCUCACCAUCCAUUCUUCCGGAGUAAUAUUGCAGUUUUUUGCUUUGGUAAUAAGAUUUCAGCUGAUUGGAAUUCGUAUCUACGAUGGCACUUUCAAAAUCAUACAGUGGUUGGUCGGCAGCACCGAUCUCAAGUGCUACAACGUUCGUUUUGAAGAUUUGCACGCUGUUGACAUCGCAUUUCUUGAUUCUGCUGGUUUGCUUUGAUUAUUCCAGGGUUGUUCCAGUCUCUUUUUUUCGUUUCAGUCGACAUUUUUCACAUUUCCUACAUCGUAAACGACGCUAAUGGGAGACACUUGAAAAUCGUCGAGUUGAAUAUGAUUGAUAAGGAGUUGAAGCCAUUUUCUAAACAGGUGAUUUUUUUCUUCUUUUAUUUAUCGAAGUUUAUUUUUCAGGAGAACAUUGAGAAUGAGGCAUCAACUUUGAUUCCGGUGCCGUCACCUUGCGGAGGAGUUAUAGUCAUUGGCCAAGAAUCUAUUUUGUACAAAGCGUGAGUCUUCGCAACAGAAAGUAGCUGAUUUUUGGCUUCAGAGACGACAAGACGAACCCGGCCGUCGUGCCAAUGUCUUCGCCGCUGCUCAACCAGACUACCUUCACCUGUUUCUGUCAACUCGACAAGAGCGGAGAGAGGUUUUUUUUCGUUUUCGGUUGAAUUUUGUUCUUCUUUUCUAGAUUUCUUCUGGCCGACGACCAUGGCCGUUUGUUGAUGCUUUUACUGGAAAUCGUGGAAAAGAUGGACGGAGGAGCUUCCGUCUGCGGGAUGAGAGUAUGUAUUUAUUUUUAUCGCCGAUAAUAUUAAAUACUUCGUGUCUUUUCUCAUGAAGUUAGACAUUGAUCAGAUCAAUCAUUUGGUAUUCACCAGCGUCUUUUUCCUUGAAAGAGCUCACCUAAGCAAGUCAAGCGCAAGUGAGAAAGUGAAAAACAUCAGGAGAUAUUACUGAAUUUAAUUUAUGAAAACUCGAUAGGAGGGUUCGGCCGCCUAAAAAAAGAUCUGCCCCAUGUAUGGGAAAGAUUUAUUUCUUUUAAUACGUUUUCGUUUUCAGCUGGAGUUCCUGGGCGAAACUUCGAUAGCAGAGUGCAUAACAUACCUGGAUAACGGAGUCGUUUUCAUAGGCUCCCGAAUGGGCGACUCUCAGCUCAUCCGUCUCGAGACAACUCCAAUCUCUUCCGACGGCACUUUCGUUAAGGUUUCAUUUCAACUUUUUUAUUUUCUAUCAGGAAAAAACCUUGAAAGGUUAAUCUCAGAUUCUGGAGACUUUUCCGAACAUUGGGCCUAUCAGGGACAUGGUUUCCGUGGACUGCGACGGCCAAGCUCAGCUGGUCACCUGUUCUGGUGCUUUCAAAGUCCGUUCGCGAUGGAUUCUAAUGCAUUUUCUGGAAACCCAAAAUUUUCAGGAAGGAUCGCUGAGAGUCAUUCGAAACGGAAUCGGGAUCCAAGAAAAGGCCGAUGUCGAUCUUCCCGACGUCGUGGUUUGCUCAGAGACAGGGAAUUUUCUGAAAACACUUUUUCAGGGGAUGUACCCCCUUCGAUUCAACUCGGCCUUCGACAAUCAUUUGCUUGUUUCGAACAAAACGGAAAGUCAUCUCUUGAGAUUGGACGGCGAAGAAAUCGAAGACGUCGAUCUGCCCGGUCCUCUUUUCUUUCAAAUCCUCAAUCUCUUCGGUUUUCCAGGCUUUGACUUCAAGAAAAGGACGGUUCAUGGCGGAGGGCUCUUCAGCCCGGAAGCUGCCGUUUUGCUCCAAGUUUUUUGGGUUUUCUGUUUUGUUUUAACAUAAGAGGUUCAGGUCACUCAAAGUGAGGUUCUUCUGAUGCGUCAAGGGAGCGAAACGAAGAAAUGGACGGCUCCUGGCGACUCGCCUUACAUCAGCAAAGCGGUCGCAAAUAAUCGUUUUGGACAGGUAAUCCGACUUUCUUUUCGGAUUACAAUUAAAAGUUCUUUUGUAGUUCUUUGAUUUCUGUUUGAAUACAAUUUCAUCUUUUUUGUCUUUGAAAUGUUAAUAACUUUGGAGAUUGAGACUCCAUCCCUAUUGGAAUGGUAGAUGUGAAGUAACGAUGAGUUGAUUGGUAUCAAUUUUUUUAUUAUUUUUUUCCGGUGAGCUUUUCUCAGGGAAGAUUCACUUUCACUUCAUCUUUCGAACUUGAACAUGCGGUAGUUAGUUACUGAACCGUCGAUACUGAAGAUUCUUGAUGUCUAAGAAAGAAAAAAACUCGUCCUCGUUGACAAAUCCAAUUGAAUUUUUCCAGGUGGUCGUCUGCGACCGAGCCUCUCUUUAUUACUUGAAAUGCUCCUACGAAGAGGCGAGUGGAGAAUUGUCCAUCGACCUCAUCAAACAGAUAAACAUGCCCAACGAAAUCGCUUGUAUCGAUAUCAGCAACAGAAGUAGGGUUUCAAUGGAAUUUCUUCUGGAAUCGUUUUAGUUAAGAAGACGACUCGAAUUCGGAAGCCGAGUUCAUUUUUGUUGGUCUCUGGAUUUCGAUCUCUGUCGUUGGACUUUCAUUGCCCGACCUCAGUCAGGUGAGAUCAGACAGCCCACUUAAUCUACUACCUCCCUCGGAAAAGGGCUGAAUUUGUUCGAGUUCUUCUCCAUCUACUCUCCCUAUUGAGGUGCAAAGAAAACUAUGAGCUUUAAAAUGUGUUUCGAAAAAGUUUCCAUCGACGCUGAGAUAUUUUCAGUUCAUGGAGGUGGACCUUCCUUCGAAGAUUCUGCCUCGGUCUCUAAUAGCUACAAACAUUGAAGGAGUCUUCUACUUACUCGUCGCAAUGGGAGAUGGAAUUUUGCUAUAUUACAGGAUUGAUCCAACGACCGGUAUGUUCCUAGUCCGCGGGGAAAAUCUGAGAAUUUUUUUGAAGAAUGAUAAAAAUUACGCAUUUUUUCGAAGAUAUUUCAGUGGUAUCACAAGCAAAUAGCAAAGAAACGAAAAACGAAUUCUGUUUUAUAAGAGACCAUUUUCAAAGAUCGAAAAGGAUGUGAAAAUAAUUUGUGGCAUUGCCGCUGAGCAAACCAAACCUAUAACCUGGUCCGAAGAGUAUUCACUUCCCUUGACUCGCCUGUCGACUGCAGGAACCUUGGGAGAAGUGAAAAAAGCGAGCAUCGGAAUGAGACCCCCGCAUCUGCAACGCGUCUCUUCCGGCGGCAAAAACCACAUUUUCGUGUGCUCCGACAGGCCGAUGAUCAUCUUCUCGUCCAAUCAGAAGCUCAUACUCUCGAACGUGAACGUGAAGGUUGUCCACGCGGUCUGCUCGAUUCAGUCAUCGUUUUACAAGUGAGAACUUUGAACAGUUUGUUCAUCUCCAUCACGUCAAGAUCGGCUCCAAUUCUGGGAUCGUUUUAGAGAUUGUCUCAUUUAUUCGGACGGCAAAUCGAUGUUGAUCGGAAUGGUUGAUGAUAUCCAGAAGAUUCAUAUCAGGUUUAAUUCCAAACUUUUUUCUCUAUUUCUCUGUAAGAAAACUUUUCACGGUGGAAGCUAGAGCAGAGUUUUUUUUUAGUUUUUUUUUUACAAUGUAUUAUCUGUUUUUGGUGCAUUUUUUACUAAUAGCUUUUGUAGGUGAACAUUUGCAACACAUGAAGACUUUUGUAGUUGCCAAAGAUUUGAUAACAAGAUUAUAUGAACGUUGAUAUUAUUUUUCGAGUUCGAAAUUUCUUACGAAUUCCAAGAUUUUUUUCAACGGAGAAAAACAAAAAAAUAAAUGGAUGUUGAAAUUUUGCGCUUAAUCAAAAAGCUUUAUUAAGUACUAUUCUUUUUAAGAAAAAGGUAACCGAGCUUAAUAAGAAAAAAGAAACCGUAUCAAUUUUAACAUUUCUCUAAAUUCUCGAUCCUUUUAACUGUUUGGCAUGAAUCUUCUAGAACCAUUCCACUCAACGAAUCUCCUCGACGGAUCGCCUACCAGAAGAGCUCGGGAACCUAUGCGAUCCUCAGCUCCCGCGAAGAGGUUUCUCAGCUUCUUACAUGAGUCAAGCCUUCUUCUUCUGCUUCCAGGGUCCAUUUGCGAGCCAACGGCUUCCGGCAUCUCGAUCUGCACUAGAAACUUCUUUCAGCAAAGCAAAAUGUAUAAUUUGAUCGAAGCAGAUCCAGGAGAUUCCCGUGUUUGAUGAAACGUUUCAGCUCAUCGAACCGACACGGGAAUGGACGCGAAUCAACAGUCGCAGGACGUUCACAGUGUCCUCAUCCUCGACCAAAAUAACUUCCAAGUUCUUCAUUGCCACGAACUCGGUCAGAACGAACACCCUCUCAGGUAACGCUCUAAUUUCUUUGAAAGAAAGUUCCUAGCUGCAAUAUAACUCUUAUCAUACAUCCGCAGUUGAAGAUUUUAGCUUUCUGUCGUCGUAACGGCAAAUUUUCUGAGUAGAACAGGAAUUAUAUAUUUUCUGGUUGUAUUAAACUAAGAAAGCAGUAAGUACUCAAUAUCCAGCGAAAAACACAUAUUUGAGCCUUUGGCCGGGUUUAGUUCUUGUUUUGGAAAACACGCCAGAGAGAUGAAAGUCCUAGCCAGCCUCGGACUAGCCUCUUGAACCUUAGUUUCCGAGCUACGAGUUCUUUUUGAACUGCAAACAAAUGAACGGAUGGAAACAGUUUAUUCGUCUUGCUCUUCAGCAUCGUUUCUUCGACGCUCGGAGACGAUCCCACUACCUACUACGUUGUCGGAAUCGCCCUUGUCUAUGCCGACGAAAACGAGGCCAAAACGGUUAUUCACAGCGACGAAAACGGUCAUAGGCUCUUUUUCAGGGACGUAUCAUAGUUUUCGAAGUUGACCUGGAGGACCGGACAAAACUGCGGAAAGUUCACGAAAGAGACGUCAAAGGAGCACCUUAUUCUAUGGACGUCAUGAACGGGAAGCUCGUUGCAGGCAUAAACAGGUCGUUCUGAGAAGUUCUCUCCUAUUCACUGGUUCGAAUUCCAGCUCUGUCCGUCUUUUCGAGUGGAGUUUUGACAAGGAACUCAAGCUGGAAUGCUCUCAUUUCAACAAUAUCAGCGCUCUUUACGUGAAAACAAAGGCAAGGAAGCGGAUUUUGCUCCAUCCAGAACCUGCAAUUUUUCAGGGAGAUCAAAUCCUCGUCGGAGAUUUGAUGCGAUCCAUUCAGCUGCUCAAUUACAAAAGUAGAGAAGGAACUUUUGAAGAACUAGCCAAGUAUUUCUUCGACACCGUUUUCGAGUGCAUUUUUCUCUUGAGGGAUUGGCGCGCGAUGUGGAUGAUGGGCGUCGAGUUCAUAACUGCUGAUCACGUCAUCGGAGCCGAGUCUUCGGGAAAUCUGUUCACCUGCGAACUCGACAAAACGAAGCCCGAGAGCGACGGCGGCCGAUACAAGCUCGUCGUGAGUUUCUUCUAUUUAAAAAUGUCGCGAAGAGGUCAACAGAUGAUUCCGUAUAACUGAUUCCAAAGAAGACGUUUUUCAAAUAAAAAUCAAUACUUCUUAUCUGGAUUAGCAACUCGAAAUCGAACUUACCUAAUUAAAACAAUAUUUUGCUGACCAGAGAUUACAUUCUGACUUUAUCUAUCACAUCAAAACUUUUCCUCACAUUUUAUUGACAAUAUUUAAUUUUUCUUCGUUUUUCUCGUUUAUUUUGCUCUUUUCGAAUGAAUUUAGGACGCCUACAUUCACUUUUUGAAAAGAGAUUAUUUUUCAAUUGACGAAGGAAAUUUAUGACGAUGGGUCGCUCCAUCAUUUUUUGUUCAUAAUUUUCCGCCUCAUAAAAAAUUCAUAUUCAUCUUUCAAUUGACACCUAUGCCUAGUAAGAUAUAUAUACGGAUCGGUUGAUUAGCUCUAUUUAUUUUAAUUUAUCAAACAAAUGAAUGAAUCGGUGUUUUUUAGCCGAACGGCUUCUACUACCUGGGAGAGGGCCUGAACGUUUUCCGACGCGGGAGUCUCGUUCCGAUGCCUUCGGAUGCGCUGCUCGAGUACGACAAUUCGCUGCUAUUCGGGACCAGCGAGGGCACUGUUGGCAUAAUUGUUCAGUUCCCUGCCAAAUACAAAGAGUUUUUCAACAUUCUAAUCAGCGAAGAGAAGAGCUUGGCUUAAGAUUUUUGGAGGCGGUUCAAAACGCCAUCGCCGAGGUCCAGAACAAUUGCAUGCGGAUAGAACAUUCCGUCUAUCGUCAGUUCGCCGUCAACAAGUGGAACGAGCCUGUAUCUUUUAUUUCUUUUCCAUUUCCAUCCUCGCUCCGCCACUAUUUUCUCAAACGGAAGACCUUCAGGCGAGCGGAUUCAUUGACGGCGACUUGAUCGAAUCUCUGCUCGAUAUGCGGAAGGAAAAGGCUCUGGAAGUUUGUAAAAAGCUCGUCGGCAAGUACGAAGGUAAUUUUUUUUUUUCUUCAAACCCUUUUACUUUUCUCGCAGACAAUUAAAGCUGAAAAAGAAACAGUUCAAAAUAAUAUCCCAUUUUUUUUGUUCGAAGUCUAAGACUUUAUUUAAAACGAUGAGGAAACUUUGAUAGUAGUUUAUUCACUGCCGUUAUUUAACAGAAAAACAAUAUUUUAAACAAUAAUUUGAUUUUGUUCAACUUUUUUUGUCAUCCUUUUCGUAUGGAAAGUAUUAUUGUCCUUUUCAAAUCAAAUCAAAUCAAAAUUUUUUUAUUUCUCACACACAAAUACUAAAACUCACGGAAUAGAUGUACGGAGAAUUUGGGAACAUAUGUUUUAAUAUUUGAUUUGAUUUUGAUUUUUAAUUUUUAAUACAGUGGGAAUUUUUGAAUCUAAAUAAAAGAGGGCACUAAUUUCUUGUUGCUGAGUCAUUGGUUAUCAAAGCUAAAUUUUUUUAAAAAAAUUGUAAACGAAUUUUUCGCUGAGCGGUUCCGAUUUUCUGCAGAAUCAAUCGAAUCGCAAUUUUUUUAUUUCUCACAUAAGAAAAACUGUAAAGAUCGCUCACCGUCUAGUCGAACAGAGUUAAGGAUGAUUGAAGAUAUAAAAUCAAAAAAAAUACAGAUACAAAUAUACAAAAAAUAAUAGAUCUUUUUGUUGCUAUAUUUGCUUUAGCAAAUAUAGCAACCGGCUUUUUUUUUCUUUUGAGAUUUACCUAAAACAAAAUAUGUUCAAAUAAGAAACUUUUCAGGUUUUGACGACCCCGAGGAUAUAAUCAAAGCCGUAGAAGAUCUUGCGCGGUUGCAUUAA